GGCGGUCUAUUAUUUUGUUCGUUCUUCGUUUAUUCACAGCAAUCGAUUUGUGUGUGUUUCAAUUUCUAAUAGCUUCACAAUGGCAUCGUCUGGAUCAGCCGACGAAGAUUUCCAGUCUCGCGUUGCGAAGAUCUUCGGAUCUCUACCCUUCUCUCGUCCUUCGUCUUCCAAGUUUUCCACGUCGUCUUCUGCUCCGGCGUCGCGGCAGCAAUCGGGGUCGGUGUGGACUCUCUCCGACACAGAGGUAGAGAAGCGGGAGUGGAAGCGAGAUUCGUACGAUAGAGACGAGAUUCCUUGUGCUUCAUCCUUUGACGAGCUCUUAAAACAGCAGAAGCCUUCCGAGGAUGAUCUCAAAGAUAUUGAUUGCGGCGAGGAUUUUGAUGGUGUGUGGAGUAUCAGAGCCUCCAUGGGCCUUGAUCGCACUCUCGAUGACGAGGCAGAGGAAGAUGAGUAUGAUAAAGUUGCACUAGGGGAAGAGAAUGACGGUGAAGGCUGUGGGCGGAUUCGGGAUCCUCGUGCUAACUAUGUUGCUGCAAGAAUUAGGCUGAAGGAAGAUGAAAUUGAGGCUAACAAGUUUAAUACUUCUGCAAGUCAACCUUCGGAAAGCAAAGAGCCACACGCAGAAGAAUCAUCCGAAGCUAUGCCGCGAAAACCUAUACUCAAAAGGAAGGAGAAUAGUUCAGAUUCAGAAGCAAGGACAAGUAAGCGAGUCAGGUUUGAUUCUGUGCCUGAAGAAACAUUGAAGAAGCCUGAAGAUACUUGUUCAGCUUCUGCCUCGUCAAAAAUCGUAUCUCAUCAGGGAAAAAGUGGUGCUCGGGUACCGGAUUACUUGCUAAAUCCUUCGAGUUACACCCGUUACAGCUUUGAUCCAUCUUGUGAAUUGGAUGUGGAGUCCCCAACAGGAGAGUACAUGGACACUCCCAAUGCUGUUGAAGGAUUGAAAAAUCCAGAGUCAGAAUCAUUUCCAAAAGUCUCCUUUAUUCCGCAGAAUAAGACCAAGGACGUAAGUGAAGACAGUAGUAACUGUAAUGAGACGAAGCCUAUCGUAGCUGGAGAGUUGGCAGAAGAAGAGAGACCAAGUGCAACAGAAGAUGGGGAUACUGAAAUACGAGAAUCAGAGAGCUGCACCAGUUUCCAAAGCAAAGGUCGUCAAUAUCGUGCCAAGCUUAGUUUAGAUGAAACAGAUGUCUGAUCUUUCACAUACCAGUUUGGUUGGAAAACGCUACACAGAGAUGAAGUUGGGGUCCAUGAGAUACAAUCAUGUAGCAUCUUUUAGCCGCACAUGUAAGAUAUUUUUAAUUCCUAGACUUCUUUUUUACCCAAUUUAGAGACUGUAUUACAGCGAAUGUAUGGUAACAUAGUAAGAAACUGUUUACCUUUGAGACUGGUUGAUAGUACACGCAGAAGAGAAUCUAAAGCUACCUCAACUUCCUGGAAGCUAUCUUGAUAGAUUCCAGUGAUGUUGCCACAAGUUUUGAUUCAACACUAGUGAAUCGUUUCUGGGAAGAUUCCAGGGUUAAAGAAAGACAUGGUUUUGAGCAAGCAAUUUAUAAUUAUGAGCAGGUGAAAGUCUGUUGAUCUGAGAAAGAAGGAAACACCUCUUCUUAUUUUCUUUUUGAUUCAAUUCAUCAAGUUUAGUAUGACUGCAGAUUAAUCAAAUCAUGGAUUCCAAUUGUUUGCGUUAAAGAUUUUUGCUUAAAGCAAAGCUGUCGUUAAUUGAGCAAUUGCUUAGGGUUGUUCCUUCAGUUCGUGAAUCUGUUUUUACGGGUUUUCAGCUUAUGGUUUCAUCAAAAGACCACUCGUUGUUGCAGUGUUUUUUAAACAUUACACAUGUCUUUCCUGACAGGAGGAGAAAGUUCUAAUCCGAAGACAAGACUGGUGUGAAAAUUUCUGGUUUGUUUUAGAUGAGAUGCAUAUAUGUAUGUAUGAACGAAAACAGAGAAAAAAAAUGGGAGGGACGGACACAAUACUGCUGUUGUUGAGCCUUAAACGGCUUUGACAAGCUGUCUUUUUUCCUUAAUACUGUAUGUGUGCAUAACUCAUAUACCACAUUCAUCAUUUUG